CUCAGUAGUGCAAAUGGAGUGAGGAUGAUCGUGUGUCGGGGGACGGCCGCUCUUGGAAUUGACGCAGCAAAAUGGGCGACCGAGCCAGGAGCCUCACCAUCGACGGCGUGCGGCUCAUCAAGGACCUCAAGGUGGUCGAGCUCAAGGCCGAGCUAGAGCGCCGAGGCCUAUCCAAGUCGGGCAGCAAGAAGGAACUGGUGGAACGUUUACGGAGUAGUGUACAAUUUGAAAACACAAAGUCCAAGGCAACAGCUGCUAUAAGCGAGGAGGAAGUUCCCAAUAGAUGGUUGCAAAAUGAAGCCAACUUAGACAACGACUUUAUCCGCGAAUAUUUUCAGUCCCAGCAGGCCCUCUACAGGCAGCAAAUUGAAGCUAGAAGACAGUACAGAGAAACCAGUGGAGAAGGGGCAGCCCCGUCAACUCCGUCAGCGGCUCUGCCCUCAGUCCAACAGGCGGCUCUUGGGGGCCCUCAGCAACCAGGCAAAGCCACUCCCUCAUCCCACAGUACCCCUCCAGCGACUUCAUCAACAGCAGCAGCUGGAGGAGGAGGCACAGCCAGUGUUGGCCGAGUGCACACACAUCCUGUGAGCAAAACUACUCCAGAUUUAACUGCGAAAGCAAGCUCAGGUCCUGCUCACAAGCCAUCCCCAAGCCCCUCUGUCAGAACCUCCUUAGCUGCUGGCGUAACCUCACUGUCAUCUGGCGGACAAGCACCAGCGGCUAAAGAGGGUGCUGCAAAGGUUUAUGCAAACACAUUGGUUAGUACUGCACCUCGUAUAACUAGUGGUGAAACCUCGGCACCUUCGGCCACUCCAACACCACCUAGAGAAAAGCCACCGACACAACUCACCCUCAAGGUAAAAUUAAAGAAUGAUGCAACAGCAGUAACCACCCCACAAACACCCUCAACAUCAUCAAGUUCCAGUAGACCUAGUAGAAGUUCAGCACGUGCUGCUCGAGAGCUCAGUAGAGUCUCGCUUGAAGACUCAGAGGAGGAGGAUGACUCUGAGGGAAGGGAGGAGCGUCACCCACCUGUGAGGCGUUCCAGGAAGCGCUCAGCGCGGCAUUCACAGACCCCAGAGGAUCCUGACUUUGUUGCAGCUGGCACUAGCCACUUGAGCAGUCCCCCGAGCAGUGAUCUCAAAGACAGAGUGCCGUCUCUUAGGAUUAAGUUACCUGAACCUGUGCCUAAUGUGAAUUUAAGUGUUUCAACAACAGUUGAUGAAAAACCAAAGAAAAGAAUAGAGAGUGUAUCUAUUAAUAGGAAAGAACCUAAUAGUUUAUUGGAUGCAAAGUGCAGACGCCCUGUUCAUAGCAUUAGGAAGCACGUGAAUGACCCUCCACAAGACAUUGAAGGCUCGCUCAACAGAGAGACCUUAGUACCUGAUGUAAGUGUUAGAUCCGCCGGUGAUAAUCUGAAAAAUCCAUGUCUUCAGGAAGGACCGAAACCCCCAGGGAAAAGCGGAGGCAGUGUUUGUGAUUCCAAGAACUUGAAAGAUACAUUGGUCAAACCUGAUUCUCCUGUGCCAUUAGACUGGUUGAAAAGAUCGCUAAGGACUAACCCUAAAAAACACGAACCCAGUGAGGCCGGUUCAAAUUCACAGGGACCAGACUAUGCAAGUUUACAACCAACGGUUUCGCUGAGACGUAUAGAGGCUGUACCCAGCACAGAGAGACAAAUUGCCAAAGAUGAACCAGUAGUGAGUCCUGUUAGCUUGAGUUGGAAAAGCCCAAGUGCUAGUGAGAGUCAAGAACCAGAAAGGAAAGCAGAAAGAGAAAGUUCUACAAGGAGAGAGAAUGCAAAAAAUCAGUUGGAAAGCAAAACUGGAAAUAAACUAAGUGCUGAGGAAAGAUUAGAGGCUUACAGUUCCAUUACUGUAUCAAAAGUUGAUACUCUAAAAAGAAAAGAACCAAGUGAUUUGAAUACCAGUAAAGAAGUUGAGCCGUCAACAUUAAGAACACUCCUUACAGGUGAAAAUAAAGAUAUUGUUUUAGUAGCAAACAAAAAUAAAUCUACAGCUGUUGAUGCACAAGACCAGCCUGACCAGAAGCAUUUGCCCAGUUUGAAAAGUCCUCAACAGAGAUCAAAAAGCACAGAAGACCCAGGUGGUAGUGCAUUAAGUUUGGUAAUAGUGCCCCCAGCAGAGAGUUCGUCCAGCACCAAACAGAGUGUAGGAAGAACCGUUGGGGAAACUCAAGUUAAAACUGUGAUAUACGAGUCCAGUGAUCCAGAAUGGAAAACUGAUAGUACAAAGCCACAUUCUGAUUGCAAAUUCUCAAAAGAAACUGCCGAAAAGAAGGAACCUGACAAACAAAGUCAGGUUGCUCAAGACGUCACUCAAGGGCCAAAUGUUAAAAGGGACCCCAGUGUUUUAGAGGAAAAUUCAAAACCAGGAGUUGAAUGCAGCACUUCAGCUGGAACAGCAGUUGCAUCUGCACACAAGGCAGCUAGUCUACCAACUGGUCCACUCAAAACAAAGAUCUGGGAAAAGUUGCUGACAACAGCACAGAAGAAAGGAGACGUUUCCAAAGACACCCCAAAAGACUCGACCAAAAAGGAAGAAAAAGAAGAAACACCUCUUCAAGUUCAGCAAACUGACCAGCACAUAAAAACAGAAACUGAUGUAAAGAAAGAGUUUGAUAAAGAUCAACAGACGACAGAUGAGACUUGCUCUGGCCAAGGAACUGAAAGCUUAGAGAAGUCAAGCGAACAUCACGCUCAAGCCACAGAUGUGAAGGCUGUUGUGGUAACCAACACCCAGAUAACAGAAGCUGUGCACAAACCUGGUGAGUUGCUAGAAAAAAGCACCAGGAAGGCAAGUCACAAGAGUGAGAAAGGUGAUGCUGCCCAAGAAACCAGCACAAAGGAAGAACUGACAGAAAGUUCAUUGUCUGGAAAUCAGCAGGUGCCCCAGAAGGAUACCCUUGCUUCAGAAACCAAGAGGGAAGUAGUUCCUGAAACCCCAAAAGUCCCAUUAGUAAAUACACUUGGUAAACCAGCACCACCUGUUGCAAAAUCAAAAUUGAUUCCAAAUUUAAAAACACCUGUUACUGUUUCAGCUGCAAGUGAAACUCCAGCCUCUACAAGUUGGAGAAAAGAAACUGUUUUUAAGAUAGAGGAGAGUGAACCAGCUCUAGAAGAGGAAGGCAAGACUGGUGCCCCAUCUAAACAGGAAAAGUUAGGGGAACCUACCAAGGAACCUAAAAACGAUAGCACAGAUAUCCAGAGCCAUAAAAAAGAAACUGUUGAACCAGUUACUGAUAAGCCUGUUAAGGAAGAGCAGACUCUUACAGACACAACAGAUUCAGAGAAAAGAGAGCAGUCUGAUAAAGUUCAGACAAGCAAGAGCAAAUGGAAUAAAGCCUCCAAAGAAAGUCCAGAGCAGCAGGAAUCAGACCCAGAGAAGAAGCCAUUCUUAGAAUCACAACCUGACCCCACACCACCACCAGUUGCAAGCAGAUCACAGGCUGAUAGCAAGAGCUGGUUACAACCUGAUUCUAAAGUUGAACCUCUAGAAAAGACAACUAGUGUUGCAUCAACCAGGAUUUUGGAAGACAGAGGAAAGUUUAUCUCUUGCCCAGCUGAUAAAAAGGAUCAGCAGGUUACCCCAUCUGUAGAGAGCAAGGAACUGCCUACAGAUACCAGCUUAAAAGAAAUAGGAGAAGCAGAGAAAAAGGCAGAGAGUCAGCCAUUUGGCCUCAAUCUAAACAAAGUAAAUGUCUCAAGCAGUGAGAGAGAGAGAUCUCAGAGUGUAAUUAGUACAGAAGGAAGGUGUAAUGAAAUACCUGUGUCAAGCCAACACAGAUUUUUAGCAUUUGAAACUCCUAAGAAAGAAGGAACUAAUGUGAGAGAGCUAACAAGUAUUGAGAAAGAUCGCACACAUCAAGAUACGACUGCAAGUCCAAAGGAUCCAUCUGUUACAAGUUUAACUACUGAAUAUAAAGAAGAUCCAACUACAUCCAGUAAAGUAACAUCUUGUGAAACAGAUUCAGUUACAAAAGUCAAAGUAGAGGAUAGGAAAAAAGAACUAGUCUCAACUUCCAAUCAUACACAUACUGAGAGUGAACACUCGCUCCUAAAUAAAGUUUCAGGUGUGAAAGAUCUUCCAGUUUCUAGCGAAUUAAGGACUUCUGAAAACACUACAGUUUCUUCAAGUAAAGAUCUUCUAAAGAGAGAAGAACCAGUCCCAGCAGAGGAAGUUGAUCCCCCUAAGAGAGAAGAACCAGCUCCAGCAGAUAAAAGUGAUCCACAUCUGACAAGCAAAGUAGUAAGCAGCAAGAAAGAACUAGCACUAUCAAGCAAACUUUCAGUAAUCAAAGCUGCAAGUAGUGGGAAAGAUCCAUCAUCUAUAAUAGAAGUUUCAUCUUGUGUGACAGAUUUCACUACUGAAGAGUCCAAAAGUGAAAAGAAAACAACCCUCACUUCAGAAGUUUCUUUUGAGAAAGACCCAACUACAACAUUUGCCAGUUUGAGUAGUGAGAAAGAAUCGCCUCUGACAGGCAACGUUUCCAGCAGGGAGAGACAGCCAGAAGUUUUUACUAGUGAUGGAAAAACUUAUGUUGCAACAGAAGUUUUAAGUCAAGAGGAAAAAACAUCUGUCUUGUCAGAAGUUUCUGUUGAAAAGAAAGAGCGUGCUUUCACAGGUGAACCCCAGAUCUGUAAGAAAGAACCACCAGUUAUACCAGAAGGCCUUAGCAGUGAGAAAGAACCAUCAGCGACAUCUGAAAUUCACAGUACAGUUCUCAGUCAGGAUAAGAAGACCACUGUCACAUGUGAAGUUUCCAGUGAUCAGAAAGAAUCACUCCCCACAACUGACAUUUCCAGCGGUGAAAAAGGACCAGAAAUCACAUCAGCUGUUCCUAAGAGUGAGAAAGAGCCAUCUGUAACACCAGAAUUUAUCACUAGAGAAGAAAAACCAACACACGCACCUGAAGUUCCCACUGUUGAGAAAGAACCAGCUGAAACCUUUAAAACUUUCAGUAGCAAGGAAGAACCAGCUGACAAACUUGAAGUUCCCAGUAAUAAGAAAGAAUUAACUGGAACUGAAACUCCAAGUAAUGAGAAAGAAUUGACUGUUGCAACUGAGGCUCCUAUUAGUGAGCAAGAAUUAGCCACAAAAUCUAAAGCUACCACUAGUGAGAAAGAACCAUUUGUAAAAUUACAACCAGCUGUAAAAUCUAAAGCCUCUACCAGUGAGAAAGAACCAGCUGUAGAAUCAAAAGCUGCCAAAAGUGAAAAAGAAUCACCAGGUGAGAAAGAACCAGUUGUAAAAUCGAAGACUACCACUAGUGAGAAAGAGCCAUCAGUAAAAUCUGAGGCCUUUGCUAGUGAGAAAGAAACAGCAGUACAAGUGCAAGAAUCCCCAAGUGACAAAGAACCAGCUGUAGAAUUGAAAACUGCCUCUAGUGAGAAAGAACCAUCUGUAAAAGUUGAGGCUUCAACUAGUGAGGAAGAACCAUCAGUAAAAUCUGAGGCCUUUGCUAGUGAGAAAGAAACAGCAGUACAAGUGCAAGAAUCCCCAAGUGACAAAGAACCAGCUGUAGAAUUGAAAGCUGCCUCUAGUGAGAAACAGCCAUCUGUAAAAGCUGAGGCCUCAACUAGUGAGGAAGAACCAAGUGAAAAAGAACCAGUGGUAGAAUCAAAAGCUUCUUCAAGUGAAAAGGAGCUAGUGACUAAGAAAGAGCCAGCUGUCACAUCGGAAGUUCCCAGCAGCGAGAAAGAGCCACAUUCUGUAAUCACAUCUGAGAACACUCCAAAAGAACUUCUCACCGAUAAGGAAGAUCCAACUGCAACCUGUAAAUCAUUCAGCAAUAAGGAAGAAUCAGCUGAAGACAGUAAAAAGAAGGAACAAAGCGAAACUGAUGCACUGAGUAGAGAGGGGGAUUUGGCUGAAACAACCAAAGCUCCCAUUAGCAAGCAAGAACCAGCUGUUAAAUUAGAAGCUUCCCAAAGCCAGAAAGAACCAGCUAUAGAAUCAAAAGCUUCUGCUAGCAAAAAAGAACCAGUAACCAAGAAAGAAGAAACUGUCACAUCAGAAGUUCCCAAUAGUGAGAAAGAACCACUUCCUGUGAGUACAUCUGAGAACGCUCCAAAAAAAUCUGUGGUCACAGGGGAAGUUAUAGUCUGUCCACCUCCAGACUCUCAAAUUAGUUUUACAGAACCAGAAGCAUCUAGUAUUGUUUUUGGUCUAAAGGCAGAAAGUGCAAAGGAAUCAAAGGAACCAAAGGAACCACAAGAAGUUCCAGGAGCAGAGACAGACCCUAAAAAGACCAGUGUUGAGGAAGUUACGCCCAUCUGUUCUGAGAGUGGUGCUGAACCUUCAAAACGGGAAGGAAACGGUCAAACUGCGUCAGAAGGUUUGCCCCUCCCACCUGUCCCAGGCUCUUUGAACCAGUCUUCUAAAGUUCCACUAAGCGAGACCAAGUCUUUUUUAGAACCAGAGGUUGCAGGUGAUUCCAAACAGUCUGACUUGCAAGAUAAGGCUUCAGUUUGCCACAAAUCUGUACCAGGUGAGCAAGUAGUCACAUCACAAGAGGAAGGCUCAUCUGUUGUGGUUGUAGAUAAUCAUAAAGAAAAGGAAUCAAAAGAAGACCCUGUAGAGUGUCACAAAGAGCUCUCCAUCAAAGUAGACGUACCAUCACAAGACCUGAAAUCUUUAAAUAACCUCAAAGAUCCUUACACUGAAUCAAAGGUUCCAAAUUGCCAGAGAGUCUUAUCUUCUAGCCAGGAAGAUUUGUUUUGUGGUAUUGAGAAAUUGAAAGUCCAUGAAAAAACAUUAGGAGAGUCUACAGCUGUACAAGAUAAACAGCAGAUUUCAACUGUAGAUUCACUCACUUCAAAGUCAGUUGACAAACCGCAAACUGAGUCCAAAGUUUCAUGGCAAGCGAGUGCUGAGGAGGAUUCUCUUGAAAUUACUAAGGCAUCCAAAGCAUUAGAAUCAAAACUUCCCACGGAAAUAACCAGUGUGAAAGAAGCUACUUCUGUUGUAGGAUCACAAAGCCAAGACAUUUGUAAAAAAGAAUCAGGUGUUGAAGAGAACCUAUCUCGUGUUGAAAAACUACAAGCUCUUAAGUCAGUUACUGAUACGAGCUCAGAAAUUGAACUUGGCAUCAGUUUGGUCUCAAUUUCAAAACAAAAAGAGUGUAAAGACUUACCUUUACCACCAGAAGAUAAAUUAGAAAAAGGAGAUACUGGGGAAUUGAAACCAAGUCCAGUAGAAAAAGAUUGUCUCAAUUUCUACAAGAAUAUAACCAGUGAAAAGAGUUCAUUAUCAAAGAAAAGUGAAUUGCAUCAGGGUGACAAACUUGACCAUUCAGUUACAGAAGAGGAAGUGCUAUCUCUAAAGAGUGAAAGUGUUGAUUCCAUUUUCUCAGAAAAGGGAGAGGCUACUUCGACUCAAGAGAAAGACAGUGAGUCAAAAGACUUGUAUCCAGAAGAGAAGAAACUACAUGAUUCAGAAAUCGGAAAUCCUGUUGUAGCAGAACAGUCAAAAGCUGUACCUGCUGAGCAGCAGAACUCCCAGUUUGACAUUAGAUUAUUAGCAGUCCUUCCUGAGACAUCGGAACAGAAGUAUCAAGAUUUAGGCAGUGAUAUUCACAGACCUUCCCUCACACUUACCACAACUCUUGAUAAAGUCAGCAAACACGAGAGUGGUUCAGUACCAUCACCUCAUCCAGAUAUUCACAAAGAUAAACUUCUAGAGCAAGGAGAGUUAGGUAAUCCCUUGGAAUUAGGUACUGAUAAAAAAGUAGAUAAUCUACAUUCAUCUGAAAGUACAGUUUAUGAUCAGAAAGACUAUAACUGUUCUCUCAGUUUUGUCAAGAACCCAACUGAAAGUAUCACAAAGGACUUAGACACUCCAUUGAAUGAUACACCAACUUGUGAGACUAAAUCUUUGAGUAUAUCAGCAGCACCAUCUUAUCACACUGAUUGUACAAGUGGAAAUUCUCCCGUAUCAGAGCCCAAUCCCUUUGUCAAGAGGACAGAUACAUCAGACCGUAUCAUUAACUCGCGUGCACUAGAUAAGAAAGGGCGCUCUACUUCAAAAGAUACCUCAUCAUCUGGUGUUCCAUAUCUAGCAUCAAAACCAGCAUCUGGAGAUUCUAAGAAACAAAAGGCUCCUGUGGGAAGUGAUGAGGCAGCUCCUGCAAAUUUAGUAAGGAGUAGGACCAGUGAACAAGUUGAAGAAACUGACUCUGAAUCUGAAGAGCAGACAUCGGGCACUGGAAGUGAUUCGGAUUCGUCAGCAUCAGAGAGUGUAAAGAUGGCUCGCAGAAGAAAGACAGAGGCCACUGCUGAGGCUGAUCUGGAGACAAGCUCCCGCAGCUCGAGGAGAAGCAAGAGGGUGAGUGAGGCAGCUGCGGCAGCAGCUGAAGAGAACAGUACUGACAGCCCACAGGAGGCUGAGGAAGUGCAGCGAAUGUCACAGAGCAGCUCUCGAAGUUUGAGCAAGAAGGACAGCAGUAAUGGGGACAUGCAGGAGGAGGAGAGUACCAGAGUUAGCAGAUCUCGGCGCAGCUCCAGGAGCAGAAGCGUUGACAAGGACAAGGUGGCAGACAGUGAAGGAGCAAAAACUAGAGGCCGGCACGCGCGAGGUGAGAGCAUGGAGCAGGAAGAGCGAGAGGAGCAGGAGCAGGCAGUGACUACAUCCAGGAGGAGGAGGAAAAGUGGCAGUGUAGAGAAGGAUGCUCCGAAGACCCCCUUGAGAAGGUCGCGCCGCAUGUCACGAGGUGGAAGCACAGAACCAGAGGAAGUGGAAGAUCCAGCUGAGGUGAAAUUGGUUGAUGGUGCACCCAAGAAGUUGGAGGACAUCCAGGAGUUGAAUGAAAGCUGCAGUGAGACACCCAAAAAAUCAGCUGAGGCCAAGGAGCCCUGUGAGAAUUCAAGGGUGGAGUCCCCAGUGAAGGAAGAAAAUGAAACUUCAACCAAGGACAGUUUAAGUAAAGCUCCAAAUACAGCAAAACCCAAACAAGACACAAAGGAGAAGGAAGAAGAUGCUGAUGUUUUGGAGAAAAAAGAGGACAGUACUAAAACUGAAGAAGCUUCUGCAGAGGAAUCCCCAAAGAAGUCACAAGAUGAUUCUCUCAAUAAAUCACUUGAGAAGUCACCAAGGAAGUCGCAAGAUGAUGACCCACACAAGAAGUCUCGUUCAGAGUCAUCUAAGAAGUCCAAGGAAGAGAAUCUGAAACACAGAGACGAAUCCUCCAGCAAAGACCGAGAUGAGAGCUCUGAUGAAGAAGCAUCAGGGAAAGGCCCACAUGAGAGAAGCUUGAGAGAGUCAGAUGAACACAAUAGGAAGAGAAGCCUCAGUGGUAGAAGUGGUAAUGAGGAAGAAGAGGUUGAGGACGAUGGCAAAAAUUCCACAAACGACAAGAAGGAAAGCUCAGCGUCUCGGCCCCGACUGCAGAGGAACGAGGUCAAAAUGCUGGAGGUAAAGGCCGAACAACAGGAGAAGAGCCGCAAGGACAGGUCACGCUCCAACAGCAGAUCAUCACAUAGCUCCUCAAGAUCACCCUCACCAAAGAAGGCUAAGCAGGAACAGCCCAAGCCAAACAGCCGCAGAGACUCAGCAAGUGGAGACGAAAGGGAAGACAGAAGACGUAGCACUGACAAGAGGCGAGACUCCUCAAGCAGGAGUAGACGUGAUUCUGAGACUUCUAAAGAUGCAUCGAGACCAAAGCUCAACAGGAAUGAGGUGAAGGUUCCAGAGGCAAAGGGGGGUAAGACGGAGAGGAAGAGCAGGAAGGAUCGCUCGCCCUCAGAAAGCAGAUCAUCCAGUGACUCUUCCCGGUCCCCUGUCCAUAAGAAGCAUAAGAAGCGUUCCUCCUCUUCUUCUUCCUCUAGUUCCUCAAGCAACUCCUCCCGCUCAAGAUCAGGCUCUGGUCACCGCAAGAGGUUUGGCAGUGCAAGCAAGAAGAAGCCGGAAGUUGAUUCAUCAAGGUCUUCCCCGAGCAAGAGGCAAUUCCUUGCUUCCCCUGACCGUUCCAGAGCGAAGGAUAACGGUGAGGAGGCUAAGGGACGACAUGCACCUGUGCCAGAGAAGAGGAGUCGCCAUUCACGCUCUCGGUCAAGAUCUCCCAAAACCAAGACCCACAAGCAAGAUGGAAGCUCCUAUGAAUCCAAAAAGGACAGCAAGUGGUCUGACAGCAGAAGGGACAGCCAGAACUCUGACAGGAGACAACAAGAGGAGGAGGAGAAGGAGAACAAGGAAACAAAGCCUAUGAUAGAUUAUUCCUCUUUCAAGUCAGUGAGGAAAGUAAGCUUAUCUCGAGGCAAGUCAAGAGAUGAAGAAGCUGAAAAAGACGCAGACAAACCAAAGAAAAGGAAAUGGGGUAAUUCUUCCUCAAGGAAAAUGUCAGUUGAUAUUUCCUCCGCUUCUCUUAAGACCAUUAUCCCUGAUGUGAAGCCCCUCCUGCCCUCGGAACUGCACAUGGGUGAGGACUCGGAACCCGAGUCUGGAGAGGCAAGUGAUGCCGAGGGACCUGAGCCACCUCCCAGCCUAGGUCAGGAGGCCAAGGAAGAGUUAAUGGAGGAGGGCGAGGAGGCCAGACCCCGGCGUGAGGUGCGGGAAGUGUCCCCGGUGGCAGUCAAACAGAGGAAGAGAUCCAAGUCGCCCGAGGAGAAAGCCAUGAGAAAGAUCAGGAUGUAUGAAGGGCCUCCUGUAAGCAAGCCAGCCAUUCCCCCCGCACGAAACCCACCUUCCAGAGUAGUGUUCAUUCAGCACCUAGUCCGGCCGUUCACCAUCAACCAGCUGCGCGAGUUGCUGCAGAGAACGGGUCGAUUAGUGGAUAAUGGCUUCUGGAUUGACAAUAUCAAGUCCAAGUGCUUGGCAAUGUAUGAGAAUGAGGAUCAAGCUCAAGAAACCCGUGUUGCUCUGCAUGGUGUUAAAUGGCCAAUGUCGAACCCAAAGAAUUUGUUUGUUGAUUUUGCCACUGAGGAGGAGAUGAAAAAGAGGCUGGAGGAGAAUGCCCCUCCUCCCCAGAAGGCUGUAGAAGAGAAACGAGAUGAUAAAUGGAAACGUGAAGGGCCAGUGCGUGAGUGGGACUUGGCGAAGAUAGGAGAGCGUUCGCCAGGGGAGAGGGAGCGGGAACGCGAGAGGCUGAGAAGAGAGAGGGAGGAGGAGAGAAUGAGAGAACGCCGCAAGAGCCAGAGUCCAAGCGGUGCUGAAGGCGAGAAACAGAAAAAGAAACCAGAGGAACCUCCCGCCAAGCUGCUGGAUGAUUUGUUCCGCAAAACAAAGGCACAGCCAGCUAUAUACUGGCUGCCACUGACCACCGAACAGAUUGCCGAGAAAGAGGCGCAGCGACGCCAGAAGAUGGCUGAGGUGGAGCGUCUUCAGGCCGAGAUGAAAGCAGCUAAGGAGAAGGAGAACGAAGAAUGGGAGAAAAUCCGAGCUGAGAGAAAGAAGGAACGCGAAAAGGAACGAGAGAAGGAGAGGGAGCGGGAGAAAGAGCGCGAGAAGGAGAGAGAGCGGGAGAGAGAGAAGGAGAAGGAGAAGAAUGCUCGCAAGUCCCGCUCAAGGUCAAGGUCCCGGAGGAGGAGCCGUUCCUCAAGAAGAUCGCCACGGAGGUCACCGAGGAGGUCACCCCGUAGGUCCCCAAGAAGGUCACCCAGACGCUCGCCCAAAAGGUCACCGAGAAGGUCGGCAGGGAAGUCUCCUCGAAGAUCACCACAGCGUUCCCGGCGGUCCGCCAGCAGGGAGUCGCGACGAUCUCGCAGGAGGAGCCGCAGCCGUUCAAGAUCCCGCACUUGAUUCCAUGAAGGCAUUUUGAUGAGGGGAGCUCACAACCAUGCGAAGGAAACAUGAAAGAGAGAGAGAGCUUGGAAAAACAUGUAAACGAAUCCAUAUGCAACAAGAGGAGGAGGAGGACAAGCUACCACUACAACUGAUUGCUGGGCCCCAUCGGCCCACACCUCCCUAGAAGCAGUACUGUACUAAAACAAAAGAGGCUUCAACACGCCAGCUUCGACGCACCAGUCCUCUACCACCUACAAGGUUAUUGUUACACAUGUGUGCUGCCUCCCCCUCCUCACCUCACGCCUCUCAUAUCCUUCUUGCAUCCUUCAGACUUUCAUCACUUCCCUCCCCCCCACCACCUCAUCCCCCCUUUUCUGCAGGUUUUCACCACGCAGUGCUCUUCUGGUGUUAGGAUUAGGUUUAUUUAUGCUGUCCAAGGUUUGAUUGAGAGAUUCUGAAGUGAGUCAAGAAUAAGUAGAAGAAUGUCCAGAAGGUAUUCUGAAUUUUUUUUAAGAGCCGACUUCUCUAAUUUUCUUUGUCUGUGUUUGCAAUGCAUUCACAUCAUUGCUUUGUACCAAAUGGUAAGUAUUUAAUUUCGUUCAUUUUGCCUUGAAUAGUCAUUAGAUUAGCUUAAGAGUAGGUGAAGCUUAUUUUUAUUUUAUUUACAUAUCAGAAGAGCAUUGGGUGGUAAGGGAAGUGUUGAAAGCGUUAUGGGUGACGAGAGAGCUCCUGCGCUGUGAGAUUCACCGAUGACUCGUCAGGGUACCAGCGGGAACUACGAUGAUCACCAGUACUGACCAGCGUUUGUCCUAUAGCUUCCUCAUGGAAUGCCGUUCGCGAAGCUGUACAGCUUUUCAAAAUGCCUCAAGAGGCCCAAAACUAAAGGGAAAUGACAGUUGUUUCCAUCCCUCGACAACCAAAUUAAUAAUGGACCGUACCUGCGGGUACUCUAAAACAUGAAUUGACAAAUUGAAGUGUUUUAUCCCUCUUGCGGAUCACGAUGAAGAGACAACACAGCAAUGAUGAAAUCAAGGCUUGAGUGGCUUGAAGUGAAACGGUGAUAGUGAAUCGUUGAAGUGUGUCCGAGUUUUUUAAAGAUGCAGACAAAAAAGUGAUAUAGAAAAUCUGGGUUUACCGACUUGUAUCAAUUAAUUAUUGCACUUGAUCAUGGGAGAACAUAUCCAAGCACCAAGUGCCUGGAACAAACAGUGAUGCAGUGCCGUGCAUUGGUGACUGACUGAAGGGUGAACGACCCUCUCCCCUCUGAUUGUAUGGAGUACAAAAAAUUUUAGUGAUGUGUAAACCCAGGUGGAUAAGGAGAUGGACAUCUAUGGAGAUGCAUGAUGCUCUCCAAGUGUGUGAACCACAUAUAAAAGUUAACACGUGCUGAUUUAUGUAGGUCUACGGAUAUAUACAUUAUACAGAUAAAAUUUUUCAGUUUAGAGUAUUUUGAUGUUACAUUUUCAAGUGAAUUUAUGCACUUUAGGUUUUUAUUGUUUGAGAGAGAUCUAAAGAUUUCUUCAGUUGUGAUGACUUGUGGAUGAUUGUUUAUAAUGGAAUAAAGUAACACCCUUAC